AUGUCAACGGGAAAGAAGUUCUUCAUUCCAGAUGAUGAUGAUGGAUUUGGAGAUGCUUUUGAUGAGGGUAAACCAAAGAUUGAUAAUACUUUGAUAAAACCUCCAACUAUAGAUGAGAUAAAGGAGAAAGAAGAGAAACAGAAACAAGAUGUAGAACGACUCUUGAAUCAAUCAACUCCUCAAACUACAUCAUCAUCAUCAACAACAUCAACAACAUCAACAACAUCAACAUCAAGGCCAACUACAUCAUCAACUACAUCAACAUCAACAACAUCAACAUCAUCAUUCUUUAGUUCGUCAAGGAUUUUGAAACCAAAGGCUGCGAUAACAUCAUCACCAACUUCAUCAACAACAUUGGAUGACAAUAAUAAUGACAAUAAUAACAAUGAGACAGUUGGAUAUGUCCAGCCCAAGAUAUCAUUGACUCCAAAACAAACGACAUCAUUGAGUUUGUCGACGACAACGUCUUUGACGACAGCCACGACAUUAGGUCCUCGGACGCUCACACUUCGACCGACAUUGAAUGGUCCACAAACACUAUCAUUGAAACUUCCAACGACUGGAUCACUCAAGCCAACGCUCACAUUGCCAACAACACCUGGUCAACGCAUCACUCUCUCACUUCCCAAUCUUUCAUUCUUAAACUCAAACUCAAACUCCAGCUCAGGCUUGAGCCUCGCAACUACUGCCCCAACGAUGGUCAAUAGAAUAGUACAGGUUAAUGAAGAGACCAUGAAGAUCACAGGCAUACCAGGCCACUUCUCAUCAAGACUGCGGUGGGAGUACGCCAAGUGGAUCAAACCCGAUGUCGUGAUUGGUACCGACUCUUGUUGUUUAUACUCGUCGCUGAAGGAUUAUCGACUACGGCCGCAGCAUCUGGAAACCCGCGCACGUUCCCUGCCCAGCCAUUUUGAGCUGCGCUCAUUGGUCGUUGUGAUUGACAUUGACGACUGCGUGGCGCUGUUGGAGGAGCUGUCCUGCGUGUCAAUGCAACUGGAUCUCGUACUAUUCGUCGCUUUCAACAAUGCCGAGGCAGCGAGAUACAUUGAAUCACUCAAGACCUUUGACAACAAGACGCCAGACGUCAUCAAGACUAAACAAUCAAGUCUGGACAAGACCGAUAUCCAAGAUGCCCUGACCACUAUCCGUGGCAUCAACAAGACUGAUGCCACCACCCUAGUGUCAGCAUUUGGUAGCGUGAAGAGGAUGUUCACAUCAAAUAAGGAAGCGAUUGGAUUGUGUCCUGGUCUUGGACCAAAGAAGGUGAAUAGUUUGUAUCAUGUAUUACAUCAGCCAUUCAAGGUUGAGCCAAAGAAGCAGGAGGAACUUGACUUUGAACUGCCAGAUAGAUGGUCAUCGCCAACACUUCCAUCACCCAUUCAACAAGGUGAUGUCAGCAACAACAACAACGAUGACAAUGAUGACGAAUUUUAA